GGCAGCAGCACCCGACUUCGUGACGUCACCACACUGGACUUCCUGGAGGAGCCGCCGCUGCUGCUAGCUCUGUAGCUAACUGUUUAGCUAGCUCUGUAGCUAGCCCCUCGGUCCUCAAACAUGGAUUCAAUCAACAAAGACACGUUUAAUUAACACAGUCAUCGACGCAGCGAGUUAAUUAAAGUCCGUCUCUUCGCCAGUGAGUCACCGCCCGCAGCCAGCAGGCUGACGUCAUGAUGGCGUCCAGCUACAGCGCUAAAGACGAAGACGGACACAUCACGGUGACCGGGCCCGGAGGCGCAGCCCUGCGGAGCAAGAAGCCCGAGAACACCGCGUUCAAACAGCAGCGACUCCCGGCGUGGCAGCCCAUCCUCACCGCGGGCACCGUGCUCCCGGCCUUCUUCAUCAUCGGACUCAUCUUCAUCCCCAUCGGCAUCGGCCUGUUCGUCACGUCCAACAACAUCAGGGAGUUCGAGAUUGACUACACAGGAGUGGACGAGUCCAGUCCCUGUUUCAACUGCUCCCAGAACUUCAGCUGGAACAGCACUCAGCCGUGCACCUGUUCGAUUCCCUUCUCCCUGGAGCAGUCGUACGAGAAUAACGUCUUCAUGUAUUAUGGCCUCUCCAACUUCUACCAAAACCACCGUCGCUACGUCAAGUCCAGAGACGACAGCCAGCUGAACGGACACCUGGGGUCCCUCAAGCCCAGUAAGGAGUGUGAGCCAUACGCCAAACAUGAGAACAAGCCAAUAGCACCGUGUGGGGCCAUCGCCAACAGCAUGUUCAACGACACGUUGGAGCUGUUUUACAACGACCCCAACGGCACCAAGAUUCUGAUUCCUCUCAGAGCGACGGGCAUCGCCUGGUGGACGGACAAACAUGUGAAGUUCGGGAACCCCGGAGACGGCCUCAACCUGACGGCCGAGUUCCAAGGAACGACGAAGCCGGUGAACUGGCGCAAGCCGGUCUACGAGCUGGACUCCGACCCGCUGAACAACGGCUUCAUCAACGAGGACUUCAUCGUGUGGAUGAGGACCGCCGCUCUGCCGACCUUCAGGAAGCUCUACCGCAUCAUCAGCAGGAAGGACAACAUGGUUCCCACUCUGCUCCGAGGGAACUACACCCUGGAGGUCGUCUACAAUUAUCCUGUUCGCAGCUUCGAGGGCAGGAAGCGGAUGAUCCUGAGCACCAUCUCCUGGAUGGGAGGAAAGAACCCAUUCCUGGGCAUCGCCUACAUCACCGUGGGCUCCGUCUGCUUCUUCCUGGGCGUCGUCCUGCUCCUCAUCCACCACAAAUACGGGAACCGCAACAACAGCGCUGACAUCUCCAACUGAGGCCCCCCCCCCCCCCUCCCCCCCACACGCAGCUCAUGUGAUCAUGUGACACGUCCGUCCUGGUAAACGUUCAUGUGGUGACCAGAAUAUCAGCAUCUAGUAACUUGCUCUGUCCACUAUGUUCCAUCAUAAAAUAUGAAAAUAUGUCAACGAGUCGCACUUUCUGCUGCUUUUAGAGAAAAAUGUAUAAAAUCAGAUUUCACAUUUACCAUGAAUAAAUUUCACAAAACAGUGGAAGAUAAGUUUUUAUUGAAAUGGAGCUUUAACCACCUGAAGAGUUAAACUUCUACAGUUACAAAGCAAGAGGUCAACAUUUUGGGGGAAAUGCACCUGUUAGUUGAAGAUGAGAUGGAACCUGUCUGACUGAAAUGUUUCAGAUUCAUGGUUUUGUUACUUUGCUGUAUCGCAUUAAUUUAGUCAUUUUAAAAGUUGAUACUAAUUUUGACUUCUUUCAGCCAGAGGUCAAAUCAAAUGUAAUAUUGUCCCACAAUAAUUAUAUCCUGACAUCAGAGGGCGUCUUAUUUACCGGACUCUUUCCCAAAACGUGUCCUCAAAUCUCAGUGAAAAGAAAUUCUGCCCAUGAAAUUUGAGUUUGAAAGUUUCCGGUAACUUUCCAAACUGUCAGCUCCAUGAGGAGCUUGUUGUUUAUUACUCCUGAGCCGCAUGCUGGGAUGGGACCAUCGAGCCGCAUGCUGCUGGGAUGGGACCAUCGAGCCGCAUGCUGCCGGGAUG